ACCUUUUGUGACAUCAUGGGCUUGGAUCCAUCCAGUGAAGAGUUAGGAAUUCAAGUUCAAGAUAUUAUCAAGGUGAUUAGAGGAGACAUCCCAGAUAAUUAUAAGUUUGAUCCCAAACAAGCAAAGGAUGUAUGCAAGACCUGUGAUGAGCAGUCCAGUCUGGCAGAUAAGGUGCACUGCAUCGUCUACGUCAUUGAUACCAGUGCGGCAAGCCUUUUGCAGAAACAACUGCAAAAUAUGUUUCAGACAAUACACGAAGAGGCCCACAAGAUGGGGAUUCCCCAGCUUGCUCUUCUCACUAAGGUAGACCUUGCCUGCAACAUCGUUAAAGAUGACCUGAGCAAAGUAUAUAAAAGCCGCUGCAUUCAGAAGAAAGUACUGGAAGUGUGGGAUCUGGUGGGUGUCCCAGCUUCCUGUGUUUUGCCAGUAAGAAACUACUGGAUUGAGACAGAGCUGGACAUGAACGUGGACAUCCUGAUUCUGAAAGCCCUGCAGCAAAUCUUGAGACAAGCUGAUGCCUACUUUGAUGAGAUAAAACAGAGAGGAAAGAGCAAAGAAACACAUGAGCCCAACUGUGAAGCAAUGCCAUAAGGAUUAUCAGAGUCACAGAGUUCAGACGGAACUAGCCCAGGGAAAAAUUGAGUUGAAGAUUAUACGAAAUGAAUAAAAACAUCAACUGCUAAAAACAUACUCAUAGAAAACACCAUCUUUUGGUGUUUGUUACUCACACUAUUAAGUAUACAACAGUACAAAUGUUGUACUUUUAUUAUACCCACAAACACAGACAACAUACAAGUCUCAGCAAUAAAGUUAAUGCUAAUCUAAACUGUAGUUUUAGUGCUUGCCAUUCCUCACUGUGUUUUG